UUGCCUUGAUCUUUUGGACACCCAAUUAACUCUCCCGCAGCAAGCCACGGUAUGUUGAUAGCCGUCAACGUACCCCCUAUAGUCCCUCGAAUGUCUCACCGAAAAUCACUUUCUUCCUCGAUAUAAGGCUCGCCCCUUUCCGCGGAAACUAAACUCUUAUCUUCCCAGGACAGACUACGAAAUGGAGCAAACAGCAGCCAUGCGGCACGACGAAAAGCUAGGUCCACUUGACCAUAGUGGGCUCUGUCUACUAUCCCUUGACGGUGGCGGAGUUCGAGGAUUAUCGACUUUGUAUAUCCUGAAAGGCAUCAUGAAGCGGCUUAACCACGAAUGUGGAUUAGCUGGCCUCCCUCAUGCGAAGCCUUGCGAUGUAUUUGAUCUCAUCGGCGGCACAAGCACUGGCGGACUGAUCGCCAUCAUGCUUGGUCGGCUUGAAAUGGAUGUCGAUGAAUGUAUUUCAGUGUAUAGUGAACUUAUGAAAUAUGUCUUCGAAAGCAGAUUAAGUCGGUUUCCAUUAAACUUCGGCGGUAAAACCAAGCCACGAUUCAAGUCCGCGAAACUCGAAAGUGCAAUCAAAGCCGUCAUCAAUGCUCGCGGUUUUAACGAGAAGGAUCACUUUAACGACGAGGUAGAUCGUAAAUGCAGAGUAUUCGUGUGUACUAUUGCGCACGAGACCAAAGAAAUCGUUCGCCUAAGAAGCUACAGUUUGCCUGGUAAACUCGAUAUUCCUGCUACUAUUUCCGAAGCCGCCCUCGCAACAUCUGCCGCGACGACAUUAUUUGAAGCUGUCAAGAUCGGAGCGCGCAAGUUCGUAGAUGGAGCGCUAGGCGCAAAUAAUCCAGUAGAUGAGGUAGAAGGAGAAGCUUCAGACAUCUGGUGCCCCGAUACCGGGAAUUUAAAACCCCUCGUCAAAUGCUUCAUAUCAAUCGGGACAGGAAACCCUGGGAAGAAGGCGAUCGAAGACAAGAUGUUAGAUUUUCUUUCGAAGACGCUGGCCCAAAUAGCAACUCAAACGGAUAAUACGGAGAAGAGAUUCGUAGCUAAUUGGCGUCAGCAUUUCGACGAAAACCGCUAUUUCCGCUUCAAUGUCGACCAAGGACUACAGGAAGUUCGAUUGACCGAAUAUCAAGAACAGGGCGCUAUAGAAGCGGUUACAGAUGGAUAUCUCGAUCAUCAGACGCAGAAAUUUCGAGUGCGAGAUUGCGUCCAGAACCUGAAAUCGAAGCACAACAAGACAGAGGCGAACUUCUCACAUAUGAUUACCAUUAACACGACCCAGACCCUUUCCAAUGUAAACAUACAAAAUCUGAGGCAAAUGUGGCAUAUAUGGCUCACGCCGUCACACAUGAGGAAAGUUCACGAUGAUCGGAUUCGGGAAAGGCUGCCUGGAACCUGCGACUGGAUAUGGCCGCAUCCUUCUCUGAUGAAAUGGAGCAGUACCACAAGAGAUUCACCAACCGCAGACCGUCUACUCUGCCUCUACGGCACACACGGCUGUGGGAAGAGUGUCUUGGCUUCUUCAAUUGUAGACUCGUUAGAACGCAACGGGAACCGAGUUUUAUUUUUUUCUUUCUCUGGCACUGAUAGCAGCCGCCAAAGCUUGGAUAGCUUGGCCCGAUCGCUGUUAUGGCAAUUAUUGCAAAACCCAGUGUCGUAUGAGGGUUUGAAUAUCAUGAGAGAUUUGAUGUCUCAUGGUGAGCCCUUAACCUCAGAGCUGUGGAUCGCCUUCAGUGAAGUUACAAAUUCAAUGGCAGGGUUAGUACACUGGGUGAUCGACGGAGCCGACGAAUGCAACGAAUCGGGCGAGGUGCUCUAUCAUCAACUCAUUGAUCUCCUCAGCACUAACAAGAAUGCUCGUGCCACCCUUCUUGGGAGGACACAUGUUCUUAGAUCAGUUGCCCAAACAAAUUGCACAAUCGAAAUCACCCCCAUCUUGCUUCAGUCCGACAUCAACACAUUCAUCAGUACUGAGAUAGAUAAAACCAAGGUCCUUAAGUCUUCUGAAAUACGCAAUCUUGCGUUCAGGACGCUUAAUGAUGGUUCUGAUGGCAUGUUUCUUUGGGUGAAAUUGAUGGUUUGCGAUCUGUGUAAAUCUUCAUCCAAAGCGGAAGUCAAAGUCAGAUUGCAAAACCUGCCAUACGGCCUUCAGAAGACCUACCGUCACCUCGUUUUGCGACUCGUGGAGAAUCUAGAUGAUACCGAUCUCGGCUUUGCCCGACACGUUUUGGCAUUUAUUAUAACGGCUUCUAGGCCACUGAAGGUCGACGAAUUACGAUACGCCCGUGCGGUAGCAUACUAUUCCGAAUUGGAGGCAUCUCCUGACUACUCGCUUGAAGAUUGCAUACCCGAAGACAUAGUCGAGAGGGCUCUUCGUGUCUGUGGCGAUUUUAUACGAAUAACCGAUGAUGUGGUUUUGUUGGUCCAUAUAUCUGUCAGAGAAUUCUUGACCAAGCCAGAAAAUGAAUGGCCACGCGAUGGCAAUUUGAGCGUUAUGCGCCUGCGCAUUGACCUGGAAGAAUCGCACUGUUUGUUCACCUCGGCCUGCAUUGACUACCUGCAUUCCAUCCUCCCGCUAAAGGACUCGGACGACUUCUCGGCGUUUUACGAUGUCCAUCCAUUUCUGGAGUACACAUGGGAAAACGCAACAUACCACUGCAAUAGGGCUGGAAGAUUGCCCACUGACCUUAUGGAUAAAAUCUAUAGAAAUUUCGCAUCCGAGGCAAGCUUAUCAUGGACUAGAUAUGUUUCGAUGCGCUAUGCAGAAAAUGAAGCUUCUAGCUUGGAGGCUGGAAUGGUUGGAACAUUACCUGCGGUCGCGCGCGAGGAAGGGUUCUCACAUGAUGCUCAUUUUCGCAUGUAUCAGGGUCUUAAGGACCGGGGGAUCAGGACAGGCCAAUACAAGAUGCUCCAUAGUAUUGCCUUCGACGCUUUUGAUGACAACGAACCUCCUGGUAGUAUAUCUGAUCAUCAGGUUCAUACAUCAGGUUCCGCGGGAUUAAACGACGUUCCUAAGCCAGUUUCUGCGAUGAUGAAUAUACUCAGACACGAUAGCGCACCGACGGCACCGAAGCAAACCGAAUUGCUCAUUAGGAUGUCGUACCAUUUCCGGCGCGUAAAUGUUUUGACCGAUCCCUUCGAACUUUUAUGCCGUACUAUUCUACGAAACGCAGAGGUGAUUCAUGUAUAUGCCGUGGUGAUGGUUGGCAAUUUCUACAAGAGAUUGGAUAAACCUAAGAAAGCAUUAAAAGCCUAUCAAACCGUGAUCGCGAAAUUUGGAACUAGUGAAGUCCCAAUAAAGUACAUAAUAUGGUGUAUAAUUGGCUCCAUUCAUUCCCAAUUUGAUCAAUAUCAAGAAGCAGAGGAAGCACAUCGACAAGCAACGGAAGGACGAGAAAAAUUGCUGGGUUCAGAACAUCAUAAUACUCUGUUUAGCAUACAUAACUUAGCGGAUGCUCUUCACAAGCAGAAAAAAUACGUACAGGCGGAAGAAACAUAUCGACAGGCAACGAAAGGGCGAGAAAAGACACUGGGGCCAGAACAUGAAGGUACCUUGGAUAGUAUGUAUUGCUUAGCAAUUACUCUUCACCGUCUAGGGAAAUACGCGCAAGCAAAAGACACAUUUCGACGGGUAAUUGAAGGACAAGAAAAGACACUUGGUCUCGAACAUGAGCAUACUAUUAGAAGCAACAAUGCUUUAGCAGAUGUAGUUCAGGAGGAGGAAGGUGUUGUAGGCAUUUGGCGUUUAUAUACAUGAAGUUAGUUGG